CGUUUCCCACCAUCUUUGGGGGAGAAAAGCCGAGAUGAAAACGACGACGACCUCGCUGCUGCUAUUGGUGUUCCUGUGUGUGAGCGGCGCCAACUCUCAGGGCAACCUGGACUAUGAUGAAUAUGACACGGACACAAAGAGCAAGUCGACGACCACAACAGGGACAACAAACCAAACGGGUCCGGAUGUUCGGGGGCAUCGCCCACUCAGCCGAGGCCGGGACUCCUACAACCCCAACCGCUAUGCUGCGGCACCUAUCGGUGGUGGCGGCAUGUACCGAGGACGACCCACCAUCGCACCUCCCAGAGGACACGAGGUUGAAGAGAAGAAGGUGCACCCAGAAGCGGGAGGAUGCACCUACGGCUUUGAGGAAAUGGGUGUCCUGUGUCCAAACGGCUGCGAGCUGAAGACUGCGCUGGUCAAGCAGGAGAAGAGCGUCAUGGCGAGCAUCAACGAGAUGAAGCCUCAGGUAGCCCAACUGUUGCACAGCUCCAACACUGUCUUCAACUACGCCACGGCCAUGUCGUCCUCACUGGUGCAACGCCAACUAAUCAUCACAGGCAACGGGAGGGUGGUGAAUGAGUUCUCGGAGCAGGUGGAGAAGCAGCACGCCUUCAUCAAAGAGACCGUGGACACCGUCUUCCCAUCCACCAUUCGAGUUCUGCAGGGUGUUGUGGACAAGAUCCGUCAGAAGAUCCAGAAGCUGGAGAAGGCCAUCCAGAGCCAGAGGGAAGCGUGCAAAGAGCCAUGCCAGACCACGUGUCCCAUCCCCGUCGUGACCGGAAAAGAGUGUGAGGACAUCUACCGCCGUGGAGGAAAGGAGUCUCAGAUGUACCUGAUCCAACCAGACGCCUUCUCCCCACCGUACAAGGUCUUCUGUGACCAGACCACCCAGAAUGGAGGAUGGCUUCUCAUCCAGAACAGACUGGACGGCAGUGUGGACUUCGGCCGACGUUGGGACGAGUAUCGACGUGGUUUCGGAAACAUUGCAUUGAACGUGGGCAAAGGUUAUUGUGAGAGCCCUGGUGAAUACUGGCUGGGCAACGACCGCAUCAGUCAGCUGACCAAGAUGGGCCCGACUGAACUCCUCAUCGAGAUGCAAGAUUGGACCGGCGCCAAAGUCUACGCCCAAUACCGCAAGUUCACAAUGCAGUCCGAGUCGUCCAAUUACGUGCUGGCGGUGGACUCUUACUCUGGCAAUGCCGGUAACUGUUUGCUGGACGGAGCUCUGGAGCUGUUUGGGGAAAACCGCACAAUGACCAAACACCAUGGUGCCAUGUUCAGCACCUACGACCGAGACAACGACAACUGGAACCCUGGCGACCCCUCCAAGCAGUGCGCCAAAGAGGACGGAGGCGGCUGGUGGUACAACCGUUGCCAUUCGGCUAAUCCAAACGGCCGAUACUACACGAGUGGCGCCUACACACGGCACAUGUCCAAACACGGCACAGACGACGGCAUGGUGUGGAUGAACUGGAAGGGCAGCUGGUACUCGCUCAAAACCAUCAGCAUGAAGAUCCGCCCUUUUUUUGCCCCGUUGUGACCGCUGUCGUCAUCAACGAAGACAAAGACUCGUGACGCAAAAGAAAAAAAUAUUUAAUAAAAGCCACAUUGACUUGUCAA